GCCGUCUUCCCUCUUUCUUCAGAAAUGUCUACGUACCACCUAGUGUACUUCAACAUGAGGGGCAGGGGCGAACCGAUCAGGUGGAUCCUUCUGGCAGCCGAGGUGGACUUUUCCGAGGAGAUAAUUAAUGUGUUCAGUGACUGGAAGGACAGAAAGGAAGACUACGACUGGGGCAACGUCCCAGUCCUGAUGGUGGAUGGCAACCAGCUACAUCAGACCACUGUGAUAUCGAGGUACCUGGGGGAAGCACAUGACAUGAUCAGCAAGGACCUGUGGACGGUAACCCGUCAGCAGGAACUGGUAGAAGGUGUUCAUGAUAUUACCUACAUUCUGUCAGAUCUCUUCGUCGCCAGACUUCGUCAGGACGUCGCCCAGCAAACGAACAUGUAUAAUAAAGCGAAAGGAAGGUUGCCCAUCAUCUUUAUGAACGUAGAGAGAGCCAUCACCGAAGAAGGGUGGAUUUACUCAGAUGUGAUGACCUGGGUCGACGUAUUCGUGGCAGCGUAUUUCGACCUCUUCAACAUCUAUUACCCGGGAAUAAUCGACAACUACCCCCUGUGCCAAGAACUGUUGAACAAGGUGUCUUCUAUGCCCAAGAUUGCCAAGAGGAUCGAGGACAGACCCGACUGGAGCGACUUCGAGACACCAGUGAACAUAAACCCGGAGGAAGAGUGAUUUUAAGCUGGGAAUUUUGUCGUAAACCGUGUCCAGUCAUUCGCGAGGUCUGACGUCGCCAUUGAAGUCUUCAGGUGCUGCGUGAGGGAUUUUCCGAUCUUUAGAUCGUUUUAAAGACAUCUUUUUUUUUUCUAAAGGUAAUAUGAGUUGGGGGCGUUCAGUACCUGCGAAUUUGUAAGUGUGCUUGAUCAUAAGAGAGAUGAUACAAAUAUACUGAAUGAUAAGUAUAUAUAGGUCCCUCUUUUCAGUUGUAUUUUUCUCGGGUCAUAAUAUAAUAGGAAUAGUAAUAAAAGGUAAACACUUCGACGCGACUGCGUUUCGUAUAUGAGGCAGAUGUACAUUGAGUUUCAUUUCAUUCACAAAUAUCGAAAGUAUUCCACUUUAUAACAAAGAUGAGUUUGACUACUCCCUUAAAUGAAGGUGAUUUUUAGUAGCGGUUCAUCACUUGCUGUCUGUUUUAUACACAUCUUUGUGUCAAAUAAUUUAGCUCCGUUAUUAUUUGUUCAUUUUUCCAAAUAAAGGUUUUAUUUGAUUA